UCAAAUCUGAGCUAUGUUUUAACACACGCCUCGUUUCUGCUGCGCCAGUCUGCUCCAGGUUUCUAGUGAGGGGGAUGAACACGAAACACAUUGGACGUUAUAGAAGAAGCAAAAAAGUAACCGGGCAAAGUUUGUGGAAAUAUGAUGUUGCUCUGCAGAAAUGAUGGAUGCAAAAGACUCCAUUGAUCCAUACAGCCGACCAGCGCGCAGGACACAAUGGAUAGUCAGCACUCUGGCUUACCAUUACGGACUGGACCGGGGAGUGGAGAACGAAAUCAUUGUUUUGGCAACCGGACUGGAUCAAUACCUCCAGGAGAUUUUCCAUCAUAUCGACUAUCAAGGAGGUGGGAAGAUCCCUGUGGAGGAUUUUAACAUCUUGUGUAAAGUUUUGGGACUGAACAAAGACGCGGAGGAUACAGAAUGCGCCGGGGUGCCGGACAAUUUACCCAGCGAGCUCACCUUCAGACACUUCCACGCCAAACUGUGCGGACACUUCAGCACCAAGGCGGGCUGUCAGUAUGAGAACGGUCGGCUGCUGGUCGGGAAAGACAGCGAGCACAUAGAGACUCAGAUCCGCCUCAGAAGCCCUCUGAGGAGGCGAGAGAAGCUUCUGUCUGUGGGUGUGAGCGAGGGCUCGUGUUCCUCCACGGAGGGACGGCACGCCUCUGGCUGCAGACUUGGAUCCUGCUCCAAAGAGUGCUAUGAGGAGAUAGUGGCACUGGAGGAAGCAGAGGACCGGGUAGCCAAACUGGAAGACGAGAAUGCAAGUUUGAGGGAGCUGAUAGAGGAUAUGCGAGCUGCACUUCAGAGCAGUGAUGCCCGCUGUUUAGCUCUGCAGGUAGGACUAUGGAAAAGCCACUCCAAACACAAACCAGAGGAGGGCUGUUUUGUUGCCCAGCAGAAACAAUCUUCCCCGCAAAGUAUGAGCAACACAAACCUGAAAGGCAGCACCUACAGUAACCUGACGAGUCUGCAGAACCUUAUCCAAGAGAUAGAGCUUCUGCAGAAUUCCAGAGACAGACAGGUAGAGGAGGCAAUGCUGUGCAGUCAGAGACUGGAGAAGGAACUGUGGAGCUCUAAAGAGACUGUGGCUGCUCUGGAGGACUGCAACCAGUCCUUGAAGAGGGAGCAGGUGGGCAUGAGGAGGAAGGUGGAGGAGGCCAGGCAGGCGCUGCUCAGUGGCCUGAGUAAGGUGAAGGAACUGGAGGCCAAGGCCAGUCAUGUUCCAGCCCUGCAGAGACACAUCCUCCAGCUGGAAUCAGAGCUCCUGUACUACAGGUCGGAGGUGACAAAACUACAACUCCCAAGCAGCACCGGUGCAGCGCCGCCCCUGAGUGUUGGCAGCAGGCCGGGCCAAAGAUGCUGCUCGGGGUCCCAACAUGACCGCUGCUCACCAACAGGACGAGCUGUGACGACCCCGGAUAAGAUGGAGGAGCAGCUUUUUCGGUCUGUGGAGGGCCAGGCAGCUUCUGACGAGGAGGAGGACAAGUGGACCGGAGAUCAGCAGAGGCAGGUGGCUGAAGUGAAGAGGAUCUUAACCAGGCUGUCCUGCUGUGGGGAAAGGUGCGACGAUAAGGCAUUCAAGAAGCUGAUGUCUAAUUUCGGGAGCUCGAGGAGCGAGGAGAGCUGCAGUGCUGUGGUGGAGCUUCUGGAGAGAGUGACCAGGUUGCAUAAACAGCUCGAGCUGAAGGAGAGCCAGGCAGAGAUCGACAUGGACCAGAUGAAGGACUCUCUGUUGCAGGAGCUGCAGCAGAAGGCCGAGGAGACUGAGCUGCUUCAGAUGGAGCUGCAGAUGCUGGAGACAGAGAGGGUCCGUCUGUCGCUGGUGGAGGAGAAACUGGUGGACAUCCUGCAGCUCCUCCAGCAGCUCAGAGACCUGAACGUCUCACGCAGGUCUCUGGGGAAGAUCUUGCUCAGCACUUUGGAGUCUUGUAGCGACCCGCAACACGGGAAAGCCCACAUUCUGGAGGUGCUCAACGCUCUCUAUCACGAACUGGCUGCCUGUGAGAUUCUGUCAACUGGCGGCCCUUUGGAGCGAACACAGAGUCAGCAGUCUCUGAACGCCCUCAUCAUCUCCUGCUAAACAUCACUGCCUCCUGCUGGGCCAAUCACCAACCAGCAGCCUUUUUAAAGGACACUGAAAAGUUGAACAGUUGUCAUAAACCAAGCUAAUUACUGUGUAUAGUGUAUCAUAUGUCUCAUAUAUAUUCCUCAGGCCCUAUUAUCUAUAAAGGGAUGUUAGUCUAGAAAGUUAAUUAGUGCAGCAAAAGACUUUCUACAUAUAAAGGAAAUUCUUUCUUAUAUAUUUUUUCAAGAUUUUUAUAUUGCACAUAACUCAUUCAUGUUUCAAUAAGGAUUUUUCCCCCAGUGAAGAGUUCUGAAUGUGAAUAUGUUGAUUUAAGCUAACCCUGAUGUAUCAUGUCAACUGGUCUGUGAAAUGUAUCUGGACAAAAACAUCCCUUAUAGAACUGAAUAAAUUCAUCUCAAUCUUGGAGAUUCAUCAAACA